CCCAAUACAUGCAUGACAGCAUGACUAUUAGUCUUGAGCGCUGCUCCGGAGUGUAAACACGUGUUUAUUCUAACCUAUAUUUUUUAACUUAUUUUGUGCUGUUUUAAAUUUGAUAACAAAAAUGUCAGUAUUGUUUUAUUUGUUCUAAACUUUUAAGUGAAAGUGAAUUUGUUACUGUAGAACGUGGUAUGAAGACAUUAAUCAAUGCAAGUACUGAAAGAGCUGAUGAAUAUACAGAAUAUCUUAAAAGAGCAAAAAUCUGUGACCAUACCGUAAAAAUUAUACUCGAAAGUGUUCUAUUGCAUCUAUGAAAAGACAACAUGAAGAACAAGAAGCCAGUACAUCUAUUGUAGGUCCUCCUCGUACUAGAGCACGUGUGAGUGAAUCAGCUUUUUGUUUUAAAAAACAAUGCUUAUUUUGCAGUCAGGAAUUGAAUGAAGAGCAUGAGAAAAGAAAAUCGUUGGAUUCUCGCCGUAAAAUUCAACAAGUAAGUACACUUACAUUUAAAGAUUCGAUUCUGGAUACAGCUCGGAAUCGUUCUGAUGCUAUGGCAAAAGCUGUUUUUGCUCGACUCGAAUUCGAAAAUGAUUUAGUUGCUGCUGAGGCUAAGUAUCAUCAUGACUGCUUUAAUUCCUUCUUGAAACCACCCACAUUAAAAAAUGUUUGUAAAACUACAAUUAUAGAUAACCGGACGCUAAAGCUGCGAUUGAAGCUAAAGUAUGGUAAUAAAAUUAUUAUCACUGAUAAAUUAGGAACUUCAAUAUUCAUAUGCUUAGUAGACAAUCAUCAGGAUAUUUUGAAUCAAGCUUGGUAUGAAAAGAAGAAAUUGAAUAAAAAAGAAGAAUGACUCAGAAUCUUAGAAGCUGCUGCAGCAAUCAUCCGCGAAGAUAUUCAAUCCACUGUGUUAGAUAAUUCUAAUUACCCUCCACCAGGUCGCAUGUUUGAAGAUUUAAACAACGAAAUCCCAGAGUCGCUGACCCAUUUUUUGAAUCAAGUGAAUUUAAAAAAUAGAAGAUCAAAUUUAGAUCAUUUAAAAUUGAUAUGCACAAAUAUUAUCCAUAGUAUAAUGGCUGCUGUUCGGCCGAGGUCGGAAGAGGAAGCAGAAAUAUUUGAGAAUUAUGAUUCCGACGAAUAAAUUUGCCUACUUUUUUUAUUUACACCGCUUUUAUCAUUUUCAACUCUUGCCAAUAUCUUUUAUUAUUUAAUAGUUUCAAAUUAGAGUCACAACAGAUC